AUGUCGUCGCAACCCCAAGACAUGAAUGCGCUACUGCACGCAAUGCGUACGCAGAUAGCUGCAUUAACCUCGCAGCUCGCCGAGAUACAGGCCAACCCCCCUGUAGCAACCCCCUCGGUAGAAAAGAAAUUCAACAAGAAAGUCGAAGUCGUCGCUGACCCCGGCGCCUUCGAAGGGGACCGAGCGCGAUUCGCCGAAUGGUGGAUCAAGCUCCAAAUUUGGGUCAAAGCAAACUGGGAUGCGUUUGCUGACGAUUUUGAGGUAGCCACUGCGGUGCUAUCUCGACUAAAAGGACCUGUGGCGGGUCGAUACGCCCAAGUACGACUCCAGGAGUGCUACACCGCGGGAGUGUGGCCUACCUGGGACGAUCUCAAAAUUGAGAUCGAAAAAUAUUUCAAACCGCAAGCUGAGCGUGACUGGGCUCGGCAGCAAAUCCGUUCCUUCAAACAAGGAAACAUGAGGACGGAUGAUUACGUUACCCGGUUCCUGGCCCUCUCCAUCCAAGGAGGGUUAGGUAACGAACACGCAGUAGAACUGCUGGAACGCAAUGUGAACCCUCGCAUUGCAGAGCAGAUCUACCUGCAGGAUACAAGAAGUGACAACCUGGCUCUGGCGGCCGAGGAAGUCCGACGAGUCGGUAGGGCCAUGGAGCUCUACGCUAUGCACCAAGGUGGCGGGUCCACCAAACAAACCACCACACCCCAGAGGCGCCCUGGGUCAUCAAACCAACAUCAAAAUCACUCUCACGGGUUUAGGCCGUUUGGGCUGCAACCAGGGCAGGGAGCCCCAAUGGAUAUCGGCGCGGUGCACCAAUUAGAAUCCGAAAAACCGGACGAUCGGCUCCACUCUUUGGCCGGUCGUUCUUACGACGAAAUCCGGGCCUUUUUCUACGACCAACAGGUCAACAAAAUGAAGGCUCAGGGAAAAGAAUUCGGGGCUUAG